UGUAAGGGACUCGAUGCAAUUUAGAGAUAAGAUUAAAAACUUGACGAUUAAAGACGAAGAGCAGAUGGUCUCAUUUGAUGUUGUGUCACUUUUUCCAAGUAUACCUGUGGACCUGGGACUAGAAAUAAUAGAGAAAAGAUGGAACGAAAUUGAGGAAUACACCAAUAUGUCAAAGAGCUUAUUUUUAAGUAUUCUAAAGUUUUGUAUUAAAGAUAAUCGAUAUUUUCAAUAUGAGGGCAGAAUAUACAAACAAAAGAAAGGACUACCUAUGGGUUCACCAGCUUCUCCGAUUGUAGCUGAUAUAGUGAUGGAGAAACUACUUGACACCUGCAUGGAAAAACUUAAGACGAAACCUGUGAUAUUAACAAAGUAUGUAGACGAUUUAUUUAUGAUUGUUGGGGAAAAUGCAAUACAAGAAACAUUGACGACUUUCAAUAAUUUCAACAAAAAUAUUAAAUUUACCAUUGAAAAGGAGCAUAAUGGUCCCAUCCCAUAUCUGGACACACUUGUAAUGAGAAAGGACAAUAAAAUAGAAAUGAACUGGUAUCAAAAACCGACGGCAUCGAGUCGCAUAUUAAAUUUCCACUCGAAACAUCCAAAACAAAUGAUUAUUAACACAGGUAGAAAUCUUAUAAACAGAAUAUUGAAUAUUAGCGACCAUAAAUUCCACGAAACUAAUAAAAACAAAAUUCGAAAAAUACUGUCCAAAAACUGUUUUCCAAAAUUAUUAAUUGAAAAAUUAAUAAAUGACUAUAAUAUACCGAAAUCUAAGGACAAAUCUCAAGAAAAAUAUUACAAAUCAAUGAUUUAUAUUCCUGGAUUAUUUGAGAGAUUCCAAAAUUCCGAUUUAUAUGACAAGGAUAAACUGCAAAUAGCAACACGGACAAACAAUACACUAAAAAGUUUAUUUACUAAUACCAAAAGUAGAAUUCCGUUAAGUGAGAGGCACAAUGUAAUAUAUAGCAUUGAAUGUGAUGGAACAAAAGACGAAAAAUGUGGAAAAAUAUAUGUUGGUACCACAAAAAACAAAUUAAAAACUAGAAUAUCGGGACAUAAAUCAGACAUCAAAUUAAGGAGCCAAAACAAUAUUCAAAAAACAGCACUUGCGGAACACUGUAAACUUUACAACCACAUACCAAACUUUGACAAAAUACGAGUAUUACAGGCGGAGAACAACUACAACAGAAGGUUAACAUUGGAGAUGCUGCAUAUAAAUAACAUACCAACAAACAAAAAGAUCAAUUACAAAAGCGACACCGAUAAUGCAGCUUAUUGUUAUCGACACUUGACAAAGAAGAGAUCGUGCAAUACGUAGAAAUAAUCAGUGCAAUAAUAACACCAGACAAUGGUAGUAAAAACUACAUUAGCUGUUAAGUAAAUCUGACAAUUUUAUGUAAAUAUUGCCCCUGAAGAUGCAAUUUGAUAAUUGCGAAAUAUUGGGAACAUAUUAUUGUAAUCAAUAAAAUAAAUCCGAAAAUGGCCUAAAGCUC